AUGUUCAAGCUUCUCUAUUCCAUCGCCGCUUGGGUUUCCAAUUAUAUUCUUGAAAUCAUGGCUCAAAUACUCCGCCAAAUCGUCGCCGGUCCUCGAAUAAAACACCCCGAGACCGGUCUCGACCUCGUCUACGUCACCGAUAACAUCAUCGCAAUGUCCAUGCCCGCCGCCUCCGGUCCAAAACUCUACUACCGCAAUCCUCUCCACAAAGUCGUUGAAUUCCUCGAAAAGGAACACGGUUCUAACUGGGCGGUCUGGGAGUUCCGCGCUGAGGGCACAGGAUACGAUGAUUCCGCUUUUCACAAUCGAGUAUUCCACUCCCCCUGGCCUGAUCACCAUCCUCCACCAUUCGCAUUAAUCCCAAACAUCAUGGCAUCGAUGAGAAACCAUCUCAAACAAUCACCUGAAAAAGUCGCAGUGGUCCAUUGUAAAGCUGGAAAAGGGAGGACGGGAACUGUUACUUGUUCUUAUUUAAUCUCCGAAGAAGGGUGGUCGAAAGAAGAUGCGUUGGAACGGUUUACGAAGAAACGUAUGCGCCCUCAAUUUGGCGCCGGAGUGUCCAUUCCAUCUCAACUGCGUUAUGUCGAUUACGUCUCACGAUGGGUAUCCGAGUAUUCAAAGAUAUAUGUGGAAAGGUCCGUGGAGAUUCCAGAGGUACAUAUAUGGGGACUUCGCGAGAACGUGAAGAUUGCGAUAUUGGGGUAUGUUGAUGAGGGAAAGACCAUCAAGAAUUUCCAUAGCUUUACGAAGGAUGAGAAGUUAUUGGUCGAUGCGGACGAGGAGAAGAAUAGUCAGAUGGUUAUCUAUAAACCGAAAAAUAGGGUUGUAUUGCCGACGAACGAUGUUUGCAUUGACCUUGAGAAGAGGACUAGAGCUGCUGCUGGGUGGACUUUUGUCUCCGCUCUAGCACACUGCUGGUGGAACUGCUACUUCGAAGGCGGUGGUGCCGGUACAAACUCCGGCGUCUUCACCCAAGAAUGGGAUAAAAUGGACGGUCUAAAGGGCACCCUCAAAAAGGGUAUCCGCAUCUUCGACAAAAUCCAAAUCAUCUGGAAAGUAGUCGAAGACCUAGAAUCGCACACAAUCGGAGAACCCGCUCCGGGAGAACCAGUUCAAGGAACCCAUAAGGCAUCGGAAAACCGUGGCGAAACAACACAGAUGGAUCCAUUGAGCAAUAGAGAUCUAGGUCUUAGACCUGCUAAUGUUGAUGAUGAUGCUUCUUCAUCUUCGGCGGGUGGUCUAUUAUCUGCUUCGAAACCGGGGAGUUUGACAAAUAGUAUGGAGAAUUUGGUGUUAAAGGAUAAAGAAGAUGCCGAGAGGGAGUACAGAGGCGGCGAUGAUGAUGGGUCUGAAGGAACGGACACGGAUUCUUUGAGACCUAGUGAUUCUGUUUCUGUUACUGCUGCGAAACCGGGAUCGACUAGUACUACGGGGGUGAAUAGGUCUUUGGCAAGAGGCGAAGAUUCUAUAUCAUCGCCUUCUACAACAAACUGGACAACUAGCGAUUCUUCGAUCAGUACAACAGCGCAUCAUGAACCUAUGAAUGUCAACGCUCAACAAACACUACCCUUAGAAAACGGGCAAGACCAGCAGACAGUACAAUCAGGCCAUAGAACCCACCCUUCAAACUCAAGCGUACCGACAAUAACCACCACUCCUCCACCACAAACACAAGUUGAUCAAUCACUUCAAGAAGAAAGUACGCCAAAACAAGGGGUAAUAGCUGCAAGUUCCGAUCCAGGUCCUUCUGUUGAGGGACCUCUAAAGGAAGUCAUCACGGGUGAUCCCGACGCUCCGAGGGUAAUAACAGCAUCUACUGGUCACGGGGAGAUAUUAGUCUCUACGGAACCUGAAGGGGAUGCAAAACUUGGACACAAGGUUGGAAGACUGGUACAAGCUGAUCCGAAGGAAAUGGCAAACUGA